UUGUUCCUCCUUCAAAACAAAACUCCUAGGUUUAGUUUUGCGUCAUCAAGACAUCAAGUUCAACGCCAUUUUUCUACCUAAAUUGCUUCAUUGAGACCACAAGAGGUCGGUUCGCUCUGCUUAUCGCAAAUCUUGCCAGGGCUAAGAUUGCGGUGCUUUGGAUGCUUGAAAAAGCUGAUUUCAUCUCAAGUCAAGUAUUUGCAUUGGAUAACGAGUAAAUCGAAAAAAGUUGUGGUGUACAUAGAAAUGUCUGCUUCAUUGACAACUUCAAAGAGGCAAAACGAUGGCAACGUUUCGGAGCCGGAUGGGAAGGGAAAGUUGCAGAAGUCAAACGGUUCGUUUUCACAGAAUAAACCUUUGAAAUCUUCUCCUAGCUGUUCCGAGUUUCGUGUACUGUGUCCGUCAUCGAAGACUGAUAGUGCCAUUGGAAAAGAUGGAUUGAUCAUAUCAAAAAUUAGGGAAGAAACUGGUGCAACAGUCGGAGUUAAGGAAACUAUUCCUGGUUGUGAUGAGGUAGUUAUUACCAUUUGUUUUGAUAAAGAAAAUGAAGCUCCUACAGAGCAGAGUAAGGAGGGUGAUGGUAAAGAGGAAAAUGUGGAUGAAAAACAUGAUGAAACAAAGGAAAAGGGAGAGAAUGCUGAUGAUAAGGAAUCUGUUGCUGUCGAAAAUUCGAAAUCUGAAAAUGUGGUUCCAUCUGCAUCAUUGCAGAUGGCUCUGAUGCUCUUUUUUGACAAAAUGGUUGAGGGGAAAACGGACACAGAUGGUGGGGAUGGAGAAAGAAAAAAGUCUUCAAUUAUGGUUUUGAGGUUACUUGUGCUUUCAACUCAAGUGGGAUGCAUUUUAGGAAAGGGUGGCAGUGUGAUCAAGCAAAUGGCGUUGGAAAGCGGGGCACAGAUUCGGAUUCUUCCCAGGGACAAACUUCCUCCGUGUGCGUCAGUUGUGGAUGAAUUAGUUCAGAUUACAGGGGAAGUUCAUGCAGUUAGAAAAGCUCUUCAAGCCAUCUCACUGCAGCUUUUGGGAAUUCGUGGACGUGAAUCUUUCCCUGCUAAUCGUACAGGGCCAUCAUCGCAGUCACAGGGUCAACCUCAUCCCAGACCUGAAGCAUUCCCAUCAGUUACUGCUCCCCCCUUGAUCCCUAAAUUUCACGAAGGUGGUAUCCAUGGUCGAAUGAGGCCUUCACAAGAAAUAUUGACCUUUCGCUUAUUAUGUCACGCUGAUAGAGUAGGUGGUAUAAUUGGAAAGGGUGGAACAAUAAUAAAGACAGUUCAGCCGGACACUGGUUGUGAGAUUAAAGUUAUGGAAGGCACGUCUGAUUCUGAGGAUCGUGUUAUUGUUGUAUCUGGUCCUGUGCAUCCAAAUGAUAGGAUAUCAGCUGUGCAAGAUGCAGUUCUUCGUGUGCAAAAUAGAAUAGUCUGGGCUGUACCUGAUAGCAAGGAGCAAAGUGUGACAGCGAGACUUCUUGUUUCCUCUAGUCAGAUUGGUUGUCUUCUUGGCAAGGGCGGUUCAGUCAUAGCUGAAAUGAGGAAGUUAUCUAGGGCGCAUAUCCGUGUAUUGGGGAAGGAUCAAAUUCCGAAGUGUGCUUCAGAAGAUGAAGAAGUGGUUCAGAUAAAUGGUGAAUUUGAAGCAGUUCAAGAUGCUUUGGUACAAAUCACCACCAGGUUGCAACAUCAUUUUUUCCGUGAUGCAUUCCCUUCCAUGAAUUAUCCCACUCCUGCAUUUUUGGAUCCGCCUCCAUUCCUACCGUUUUUAGGAAGGAGGGAACCCUCACCGCCGGGAAUGUAUCCACAUUUUGGGCCUCCUUUUCACAAGUUCAAUGACAUCGGUGUCCUCCCUCCGCAUGGUGGUUUUCACCCUCAUGAUGACCGUCCCCCUUUUAUGCAUGGUAUCCAUAGAUUCGGUGGCCCCACUCAUAUAUCUGAAAGAAGACAUUGGGGUCCUCAGGGAUUUCUUGAAGGUGGCGGUCCUGGCUUGCCAGACUUUGCUGAAGUUCCACAAAGAAGGGCCCCUGGAUUUGUAGGAGGCAACCAACCACCCAUAAUUAGUAGCACCACUGUUGAAGUUGUAGUUCCUCGUUCAGUUGUUCCUGCAAUUUAUGGAGAAGAUGGUGAAUGUUUGAAACAAAUUCGUCAGAUUUCUGAUGCAAAAAUUACAAUAACGGAACCUAAACCUGGAGCGGUGGAAACUGUGAUAAUCAUAGCUGGAACACCCGAACAAACUAAUGCGGCACAAAGUCUGAUUCAGGCAUUUGUGAUGAGUGAGACUGAGUCUACCUGAUAUUUUUCAAUUCAGGUAAUACUUGUGUAACUAUUUCCCUUAGGGCAUUUAGAAUGGGGCAUAUUUAAUUUAAGUGCCUUGUAGCACACAAUGUAGCUUGUGUCGCAAUACUGGUGUUAUGAGUUUUUCCAGGUCACUUUAAGAGGUAAAUCCUCUACUUUGUUAACUUUCUGUUUAAAAGAUCUCGUUUUUAACUU